CCAAUCCCAAUCCUUUGCCCUUCCUACCCCUCUCUUUCGUAUCGUCUAUGGAGGGGACGGACACAAAUCACAAUCAAUCUCUACCACUGGCUCUGUAGUAUUUAUAUUCAUAGCAGGUCAGCAGCAGCAGCAGUGUAUGCCUGUAUGUAUAUAACAAACACACACACACACGAGCAGGCACAGGAACAGCGAGUUGAGUUGAGCUGAGCUGACAAGUAUAAUUAAUUAUGUCGUCGGUCUCCGGCAGCGGCAGCGGCAGCGGCAGGCCUUCGCUCUACCUCCAGAACAUGGACCAAGUCCGACAAGUGUUCCAUCGGUUCGAUGCCGACGGAGAUGGCAGGAUCUCCUCCCAGGAGCUCAUCGGAGUGCUCAAGGCCCUCGGAUCCUCCUCCGAGUCCGACACCUCCCCGGAGGACGUCGCCAAGAUGAUGGAGGCCAUAGACACCGCCGAGGCCGGCCACAUUAACCUCCAGGAAUUCGCCGCCUUCUGCAGCCCCGAUUCCGACCCCUACAAACCCAAAUCAGCCGACGCCGGCGGCGAGAAGGAGCUGAGGGAGGCCUUCGAGCUCUACGACCGCGACCAGGACGGUAAGAUCUCCGCCGACGAGCUCCACCAGAUACUCACGCGCCUCGGCGAGACCUGCUCCCUGCAGGAUUGCGCCGGGAUGAUCCAGGCGGUGGACUCCAGCGGCGAUGGCUUCGUCAGCUUCGACGAGUUCAGGAAGAUGAUGACCACCAACAAGAAGUAGCAGCAGCAGUAGCAGUGAAGACUUAAUAACUUGCUACUCCACUUAGUAAGAGUUGAUCAAGAAGUUACAGUUACUUCAAGUUAUUUUUCUUUCUUCCAACUAAAGACUCAAGGUUGACUUUUUUUUUUUUUUUUUUUUUUUUUUACACACGAUUGAUCGACUUCCGUUUUAAAUAAUAUUGUAUCUUAACACCCUUAACGUUUACGUGAAUCCGUCAUUUAUUUUAUUUAUUAUCGUAUCAAAUAGAUAUAAUUUUCGAAAUUAUUAUAUUGUGAUAAAAAACUUUUUCACUUAUCACUAAUUUUUUAAAUUGUAAAUCAUUUUUAAGUGAGUGAGAUUAUUUACAUCAUUUAUAUGGUAUCAAUACCUUAGGGAAUUCGAGUUUCACCGUCUCCUAUUUGUCAUAGUUUACGAAUUUAGUUUGAUGGCGUUUAUUCUGUCAUUCUAUCCCAAGAGGAGCGUGGUUAAUGACUUCCCUUUAUAAAUAAAUAUUUAAAUGAUGUUGUAUCUUACUAAUUUAAACGGUCAUUUAUUUAAUAUAACCUGCGCGAUCGAACUCCCUAACCUCAAUCCUAUCUUGCCAAAGAAGAGCUCAACUACACACGCUCGCUUGGCCCACUCACUCGCUCACUCACUCACUCUUGAGUGAUUGAUCGAAUGAAUAAUGUUGCAGCAGCACAAUAUCAAGGAGGGGAGGAGCAGGCAAAAUAUAAUGAAUUGAGUCGGUGAGUGUGAGUGAAUCACGGCUGCAUUGUGCUGGAUCUAUCGAAUUGAGUUGAGGUGAAUUAGCAGCAGCAGCUAGGGGCAGAAGGUGAGGAGGUAGGUUGCCGGGCCCGGGGGGCGGGUGCAGAUGGCGAUGCUGGUGGGGUCGUCGUAGGCGUAGGAGUAGGCCCUGGGGCAGGCGGCCUUGACAAUCCAGGAGUAGAGGGUGGGCUUGCAUGACUGCGGGGUGCCGAAGCUGCCGGUGCAGCAGUACCUGGGGCUCUUGAAGGCCAGGCACGCGCUCUUGCACCCCACCACUGCCCUCCCCGACCUCACCUGCAGCCCCGCCGGGCAUAUCCUGUUCAGGUCCCGCAUGCAUCCCGCCACCCCGCACUUGCCGCCUAAUGGAUGGACGGACGGAUGAAUGAAUGAAUACUGCAAACGAGUCGAUCAAUUAAAUACUGUGUACAAUACCAUACCUGAUCCCCAUAUGGGCACUAUGGCAAUGCCCAGGUUGAAGCCAUCCACCAGGCUCACAUCGUAGAAGUCCCGGUCGCCACCCAGCGUAAUCUCGGCCAGCGUUGCGGGUGGGGUGCCCCCAAGGCCAUUGCAGAGAAGGGCACCCCCGCAGUCGCCGGUGGCGCAGCGCCCUCUCCCGGCCGCGUCGAAGGUGCAGCCCCGGCGUCCCCAGAUGCGGCCCGACCAGCCUGGGGGGAGUUCCAGUGUGUACCAUUUGUUGGGGAGCAGAUUGAACCCACCCCCGGCCAGGACCGGCUUUCCCGCAGUUGGCUGGAUGCCUGGCCACACCGGGUAUCUGCAAUGGUUGUACACGGUCAUCGUGGAUCCUGACGCCGCCGCAUCCACUACUGCAGCACAUAUAUAUAUAUAAAUAGCCAGAUAAAAAGCUAACAACAUCAUUCCAUUCCAUUCAUACCUGGUGAGAUAAGGAGGAGGGUAGGGAUGGAAAGAAGCAGCGAAUGGAGGAGGCGGCUCAGAUGAUGAAGACGAGGAGGAAUCAGCAUGUAUGUAUCUAUGUAUGUAUGUACGUUUGAUGGCAGGGCAAAUGGCAAAUACAGAAUAAGAGAAUUAGAAGAGGGGGAAUUAAAGGAGUGACUUGAGUACAGUUGAGUCAUGAGGAAUCCCUCUCCCUUAUAUAAUUGCCUUGAUUAAGAAGAAGAUUAAGUAGCACCUGCAGCACCAGCACCAGCACCUGCACCUGGUGGAAUGGAAAUGCUGGGAGUGGGAUCAAUGCAGACAUGUAUAAUAAAGACGUAUUAUUUGUUAAUAAUUACAACGUGUGCUAAAAUUAAGCAUUGUAUAUGCUGUAUGAGACUAAAUCAUGUGAUGUUAAGUUAUGUAUUGUAUUUGUAUUAUAUUAAUAUACACUCUUGUUAUCAUGA